AUGAGCUUUGACGUGGAGCGCAACCUCGGCCACGUGGACGAGCACUGGAAGAAAAUCAAUGGGAACCGCAAGAUCCAGGGGGCGUUGCCUGCCCGGCCUCCCAAGAAGAAGAGGCCAGAGCUGGCGACGAUGACCAGAACUGCGGAAGAUGCCAGCUGGUUCGUGCAGGACGACCUAGAGACCACCUACUACAUCAGUGAGCAUCCUCUCGAGGAUGAGCGCCCCGCGUGCCUCCGCGUGGAUGUAGAGCCCCCGUGCAGCCCCAAGUUUGUGAGGCCGCCCUCCGCGCCGGACGCGCAGAUCUACAUCUCCGAACGCGGCUUCAGAGAGCCGGAGCCCAUGCCAACGAGGAGUCUGGCGAGAUCGCAGACCGCCUGCUGGCUGUCCCAAGAGCACGCUGCUAUGAGGAACAUGAACAAGCGCCUGAAAGAGAAGGGUUUCACGCUGCCGGGGCAAAUCGGUGAACCUUUAUGA